ACUGCCUCGCCCAUCCAUUGCAACUGGCGCAACACCGCCGCGACCAGCUGAAGCAGAAACAAUGGCUGUCCCGUUGCUAAACAAGAAGAUUGUGAAAAAGCGUGUCAAGAAGUUUAAGAGGCCACAGAGUGACCGUUACAUCUCUGUUAAGGAAAACUGGCGUAGGCCCAAGGGUAUUGACUCCCGUGUGAGGAGAAAGUUCAAAGGAUGCACUUUGAUGCCUAACAUCGGCUAUGGCUCAGAUAAGAAAACCCGGCAUUAUCUGCCUAAUGGGUUCAAGAAGUUCCUUGUGCAUAACGUCCAAGAGUUGGAACUCUUAAUGAUGCACAACAGGACUUACUGUGCUGAGAUUGCCCACAAUGUUUCAACCAAGAAGCGGAAAGAAAUCGUUGAGCGUGCGGCCCAGUUAGAUGUUGUAGUGACUAACAAAUUGGCUAGGUUGCGCAGCCAGGAAGAUGAGUGAACACCACUUUAUAUCUCUUUUGUUGCAAAACUACAUGAGAGGAGUCACCUUCUUUGCGUUAAUGCGACAACUACAAGCUAAAAAAAACAUUGUUACUUUAGUUUUUCAUCAAUUAACGUUUCUCAGUAUCUUGCUUUCUAUUUUCUUUUCUUGCCUAUUCGUAUGCUGUUCAAUGUAACUUCUACCCAUAAGUUAUUAAGUUAUUAUAAGUAAUGUUCUCCUUUUAAUUUUCCUUGUAUAAUUUCAAACCAAAAACACA